AUGGAACCGAAACUGACUGGAUGUAGAGCCUUGCGCGUGCUGUUGAGAACGUCGACUUGGAAGUUUCUCACCGCGACACAAGAGUUGGAGCCGGGCAAGUUCGCGACGUUGGUGAUGCAGCUGCCAGUCCAGGGGAAGCAUUUGGGCAAUACUCCGAGACUGAAGCACGUGGGCAUGCUGUUCGAGUGGGACAAGGCCGCUGUCAGCCGCAGCGGCUACCUCGCCUCGGCAAACCUUGAGGCGCUGCAUGCGGCUGUCCGCCGCUGGAAGUCGGUUCCUGGUGCCAUGCGGCUGGCAGUCCUGCCCCUCUCUGGAGCUGGAGCACAGUACACGGAGUACAACUUGUCGUUACCGCGUCUCCAGGGCCGUGACGUCGCGGUGGUGGAGCUGCUGGCGGGCUAUGAGCUGCUGUACGUGCACCUGGCGCCAAGGUGA